AUGUUGACGAAAAAAAAGCUUCAUAAUUUUCAGAAAUUUAUUGCUAUAAAACUCUCUUCACUUCCAUUACAAAUUCUUCUGUAUCUAAAUGGUUGGUAUUUUGGUUUCUUUUGGAUUUGUGAGAUUCUUAUUUUUGCAUAUAAAGGCACUGUGCUUCCUUAUCCAGGAUCCAAUUUAGCAGGGGAAAUUGUAUUGUUAUUUACUUUGUUGGCUGUUGAGGUCGUCAGGUUAUUUAUGGGGAAGAAAGGUAAUUUGACAGAGAAGUUAAUGCAUCUUGCCGUUUCAGUAGCUCUGAGUGUACCUGUUAUUUUUGUUUAUAUUUACUACCUUAUUUGGCAAACGUAUGUGCUGCGAGUUGAGGUCAUUCUAAAUGCUAUUCAACUUGUAUUCCUAGCAUUUGAAAUCAUCUUCAGCCUCAUAGCAAUAAUAACAUUUGCAAGAGCUGAGGCUUACCGGUGAUCUCAUCUAGUAAUUCUCACCGAAGUCUAUUCAGUAUGAGCCGAUACCAGUUUGAAUUGCCACCAGUGUGUUGAUGACCCUUGGAGCGAAUGCCAUUUUGAUUGAGUACAAGUUGUAUGAAUUACAACUCAGAUGGUUUUUUUCUAAUACAAAAUAUUUGCCGUCCUAAAUCAGUUGUGAAAAAUUAUACUUGUUUGUCCUCCUCAUUCAAAUGCCAUGACAAAGCUAUUCCAGGCCUACAGAAGACAAAAUAUGUGGAUAUAAAGUAAACAUGCUAAAGAUUAAUAUUCAAUACUGUAGCCAUGAAUAAAAUGGUCAUGUCAAUUUUUGGAGUGACAUUCUUAUUAUUUGUAGCCAUAAAUGUAUAUUUUGUACAUAUUUGAGAAGAUAAAGUAAUAAUAAACAUUUAUAGCUACUGAAAGUUAUUUUGUGAAAGUAAAACAUUAUUAAAUUUUAAAGAUAAUGUAA